AACUGUUCGCAGCUUCACUUGAGAAGGAACUGAAAUUACGCGCCGUGGAGGACUUGUUCCAAGCAGGAAUAAGCAAAGUGUAGAUAUCGGCCUACUUUAAUUAUUAUUUUGAAGUGAUUGUUAUAUAUUGUGAGUAACGAGCCCGACGCUGACGAGCGGCUGUGCGUCUUGGAGAGGGCAGGGACGCAGGAGGCGCGCAACGGCAGCAUCCAGCAUCAGCGCAGUCUGCUUGGAGCCACCGGUUGAGAUCAUUCAACACUGUGAAGCGCUGCCUGUCUGAGCGGAGAGUGGCACAGCGACGACACCCCCACCCACCUGAAAUCACCCCCCCAAACAAACGAUGGCCACCCUCCUCGCCGCGCACAAGAGCCACGCGAGCUGCGGGUGAGUGGGGCCGAGGAUGCUGCGCGCCACGGCCAAAACCCCGGAGCUCCUCUGAGCAGGACUGUGGGUGUGUGCGCGCGUCGGGCUCGCUGCUGCCUCCGGACUGCACUCGCCAACUUCCCCCGCUCUCCAUCAAGUCAUGUCUGAAACCGAGCGAUGGGCAAGUUUGACGACAACGAGAGGAUAAUCCUCAACGUCGGGGGCACCAGGCACGAAACCUACAAGACCACCCUGAAGACCCUGCCGGGGACGCGCCUGGCGCUGCUCGCCUCCGACUCGGACAUCGACUCCGUGCUGGACCAGCUGCAACAAGUCCCCGGCUUCAUCGAGUACAACGCGCGGACCAACGAGUACUUCUUCGACCGCCACCCGGGCGUGUUCGCCUACGUGCUCAACUACUACCGCACCGGGAAGCUCCACUGCCCGGCGGAUGUGUGCGGACCGCUGUUCGAGGAGGAGCUCUCCUUCUGGGGCAUCGAUGAGACGGACGUGGAGCCCUGCUGCUGGAUGACUUACCGGCAGCACCGGGACGCGGAGGAGGCGCUGGACGUGUUCGAGCUCAACGUGGACAACGGGGACGAGGACGACGAUAUUGGAAAGAGGCUCGGCAUUGAGGACGUGGACGCCGACGGCAACGUCAACCUGUGGAGGAAGUGGCAGCCGGUGAUCUGGAAUCUAUUCGAGGACCCCUACUCCUCCAGGGCGGCGAGGUUUAUUGCCUUUGCAUCUUUAUUCUUCAUCCUGGUCUCCAUCACCACGUUUUGCCUGGAGACGCAUGAAGCUUUCAACACCAUAAUCAACAAGACGGAGCUGAUGCGGAACAGCAGUGGGCCGGACUUGGGCCCUCAGUACGAGAUUGAAACGGAUCCUGCGCUCACCUAUGUGGAGGGUGUUUGCGUCUUUUGGUUCACGAUUGAGUUCCUGGUGCGUGUGACAUUCUGCCCGGUCAAGUUGGAGUUUGUUAAAAGCGUGCUCAACAUCAUUGACUUUGUGGCUAUCCUGCCUUUCUACCUAGAGGUAGGGCUGAGUGGCCUUUCUUCAAAGGCCGCCAAGGAUGUGUUGGGUUUCCUCAGGGUGGUGCGCUUUGUUCGUAUCCUGCGUAUCUUCAAGCUAACACGUCAUUUUGUGGGGCUAAGGGUGUUGGGCCACACUUUACGUGCCAGCACCAAUGAAUUCUUGCUGCUCAUCAUCUUCCUGGCAUUGGGAGUGUUAAUUUUUGCCACCAUGAUUUACUAUGCCGAACGAAUCGGCGCCAGUCCCAACGACCCCACUGGUAGCCUCCAUACCAAGUUCAAGAACAUCCCCAUUGGCUUCUGGUGGGCUGUGGUGACGAUGACUACACUGGGAUAUGGCGACAUGUAUCCAGAGACCUGGUCAGGCAUGGUAGUGGGUGCAUUAUGUGCUUUGGCUGGCGUGCUGACGAUAGCCAUGCCUGUGCCGGUUAUCGUCAAUAACUUUGGGAUGUACUACUCUUUGGCCAUGGCCAAGCAGAAGCUCCCCAAAAAGAGGAAGAAACACAUCCCUCAGGCAGUGCAGGGGGGGUCCCCCUGCUACUGCAAAGCUGAUCUCAACACCACCUGCAACAGCACUCAAGGUGACCUGUGCCAGGUCAAAGGGAGCAGGGUACUAGAACGCAACCGCUCAGUUCUGUCGGCGGACUGCAGCAGUGACCUGACCAUGUCUCCAGAGGAGACGGUCCCCAUGCGAAGGUCGAGCACCAGGGAACAGGACCAUCGGAGCGGGGGGACGUGCUUCCUGCUCUCUGCUAGUGACUACACAUGCCCUGCAGACGGAGGGAUGCGAAAAACAGAUAACUGCAAAGAGGUUGUCUUUACUGGUUUCACACAAGCAGAGAGCAGCGUUCUAUCUUAAUGGCUUUGGGGGAAGGCGCCACCAUGGCGGAAAGACAAUUCAUUUCCUAUUUGAAUGACGGUGGGAUAAGACUGUCAUCGGUAUGAGGACCUAUUGCAGUGGGAGGACCUCAUUUGGAGCCAUCGGGCCACUGCGACAGGACAAUACGGACGAGGACGCACGUAAAAAACCACAGACUGACGGCCGCCUGGUUCACGGCUCAGCGAGCAGGGACGCAAAUGAAGACUUUGAUAAAGCAUUUACCUUUUCCUGCUUUCUCCUUCGGUUUUCCUCUUUAAAGACACUGGAGAAAAAGGAAAGCAAAGCAAACUGGACUCGUCCCUAAAAGAGACGACGUACUGCAUAGAUGCUUCUCCUGUAAAUAAAAAACAACAGAACAGCACAUCUGGGCCACGCGGCUCCGUCCACACAUCUGUCUUUUGAUGGUGAGUCAGGUAACAAGGCUGUUGGUUGCCAAGUUGCACCACGAACACUCAAUGUCAGUCACUUUUCUUGCUGUGGUAUCCCUCCUCGCAAUAAGUGUAUUAAGAUGUAUCAGUUGAGGCACUUUGUGUUCUGAAAAUGGAGUGUAUUCAUAUGAAAUCCUACAUACAGUAUAUACAGUAUAGAGAGACAAACGUGCUAAGUUGAAUAAAUGUGACAUCAUGGUCAUCUUUGCUUUUGUUUCCCUCGGUAAUUUUCAGUAGGUUAAUUACUCUGCUGUGUGUUAAUGUGUGCGUGUGCAUCCUAAAUCUCCAGGGUAAGAUCGGGUCAGCAGAGACCAGUGAGUGAACGUGAUGUCGUCACUCUUCCAGUUAGUUUUUAGCACAAACCUGAAUGAGACAGUCCCCCUGUGAUGCAGUCACCAUUGUAGAAGUCCCCCCGUCCCCCCAUCCUGCAUUCAACAUGCAUCUAUACCCUGCAUCAGUGCUGCAGAUGUUCGUCGUUUCACAAACCAAAUUAUUCUUACCAGACAUUUCCUCAGAACCCCUGGUGACUAAAAAAAACUGCGUAACUUGAUUCUUCCAAACUUUUCCCCCUGGUGGGGGUGGGGAGCAAAGUGUAGCAGAAGACGCCCAAGUUAAAAGUGGGACUUCUAGAAUGGCUACUUCUGCACUGUAGCAAUCCCCUGAACCCAAACAAUCAGAUUGGAUUUGCAAUAAGCACCCAAAUCAAAAAAACAAAAAGCGCCGAUCCACACUGUGAUUUCAGCAGCCUGUUAGAGAAAAGCAGAGUGUGAAUGCUGCUCUGAAAGCUGAGAGAAGCGACCGGCAGGUGGCACAACUUGUGUGUCGCGUUGGUUGCGACCUGCACGGCCGUCGACUCGCUGCGUCGCCCUGUACCCACAAUCCUCCUUGUGUAGUACACACGCUGCUUUACUCUUUGAAUUGACAAAGGGGUACCUACCGUUCUCUGUGUAUCUCUAACGUGACUUGAAAAAAGAAAAAAAAGGUGUUUAUUUUUUUUUAAAUCCAGAACAUGUAUUUUUGUGUCUUACUGUUGCUCUUACUUGUGAAAGUCAUGGUAGUCGGAUGCUGUGCUUCUCCAUCGUGUCCUCAAACUGUCAGGCUUCUGAUCCCAGUUCAUGUUUUGUAUGUUUUAUUGUGAGGAAAAUUCUAGUUUGAAGUCUGUAUUCGUGGAGCCUUUUGUUGGCAUUCUAAAGUGCAUGCUGAAAAAAAAAAACAUUAUGUCAACUUGUAAAAAAAAAAAAGAAAAGAAAA